AGUUAUAUUCGCAGCUGCAGCAGUGAAACCACCAGCCAAACUGCUCAGCUAAAAGCUUUUUUUCAUUAGUCCCCACCUUGAAUUGGUUCUGUCUUUAAGGUAUGUAAACAAAGCUGAAACUACCUUCCCAGCUAUAGACCCCUCUACAGAAUAAACAGGCAUGUCAGAGCAGGUAAAGAGCAAAAGUGAUGACUGGAUGAUGAUGGCUGGAUUCCAUGUAGUUGCUUAAAUCUUGGGGUCCUGGUAUUGCACAUGAUGGCUCAUUGCCCCACUGUCAUGACUUGAUGUUUCAAUCAAAUCUAACAGAUGGUGUGACUAUCUCCAUUUACACUUUAUUUUAUUUUUAUUUUUAUUACCAUUAUUAUUAUUAUUUUGAGUCUUUGAGACUUGUAGCCAAAUACUUGCUGGUUUUCACAAAUCAUUUUUAAAUAAAUGAAAUUGUCUUUAAGCCAGAAUUUCUCAUCAACUUGUUUUUAACUUUUGUUGAAAGUCUGGUAAGAGUUAAGAAAGCGUCUGAUACUGAUAAUUUAGGGAUUAUGUGUAAAAACAGGUGAGACAUAACCCCUUCAUUUCAGGUUAGCGUUGCACUACCAAUGCUGGGAUUAUAAUUGCAUGGCCACCUGUUCACUAUAUAUUAUCUUUGAGAUUCUUGUCACUAUUUAAGCCUGAUUUCUUAAGUGUUUUUGGGUUCUGUUGUGUGAGCAGCUUCUUUUUAAGCAUUUCUCUGUCUGUCCACUAGAUGGAAGCAGAGAAGUCAUUAAAACUGCUCCAGCUGUUCUGCAAAUAUCCUCAAAUCAGAAUCACAGCUGCACAUAACACAGAGCAUUGUUUCCGUGGUAACACCCUUUCUUAUUUGAUAACUCUGAGAAAGAUGAGGAACUACGAAAGGGAAAAAGUCUGACAAUUAUGUUCCACUCAAGCAGGGGAAAUCCAAUAUGUCCAAAAAAACUACUUAAAUGUAGUUGCAGAAAACAAAAAUGUUUGCCAUUUCACAGUGACUUGACUCCUAGCUUGUGAUCUGCAUUUUUCUGAGCUGCACUAACUUUGUUAAUGAAAGAGGAAUGAAUGUACCAAGACCACAAAGGAUAGAGAGAAAAAGAGCUUUGAUAUCGAUCUUGAGUCUCACAGCAGACCACACACAAGAAUGUGGAGUCUCCACGGUGAUAACUUUUUUAAGUCCCUGAUUUCUAGUCUCUCCUCAUGACUGCUUUAGGGACAUGACUCUGAGUCACAGCCUUCACCACAGAACAGCCCACUCAGGACCAUAACAAUCGUUGCUCAAUGAAUCACUACGCCCGAGGUUUUCAUUUUAGGAUCAUGUGAAUCUCAGACAAUUAGAUACGAAUAAAGAAAGUUUAUUACACUCAUGCCCCAGGUACUCACAGACUGGAUUUUGGACUAACAUUACUGUGCAUUGUUUCAGCCUGUCAUUUUCUGAGCAUUACUUUAAGAAGAAUAUUGCAGUAUAGGGAAUUAGUCACAGUUGCUCUUCGCCUUUUGACAAUUCAGCAAAAUAAUUAAAACUUUUUUACGUAUUUGUUAUUUGAAGUAGCCUUUAAACUCAAACAGAGGGCAGUGGAAUGAUUAUUUUAAUUGUUUAUAAAACAAACUUCUGAGUUGGUCUCAAAACAGCGCCAUCACUUUGUCUUUUGAUUCAGAAAUCAGGAGUUAAGGGAUGUGUCCCUUUCUUGUUUCAGUUCUCAGCUAAAAACAGAGACAAUUUUUUUUAUGAAAGAUUAAAAAAAAGUGUCUUUUUUUUAAACAAAGCAGCUGUCAGCCAGCAAGAUAUUCAUCAAUCUAUCUCCUCUCAGUAUGAUUUUACUUCAACUGUAGCAUGAAGUAUGACAAAACAUAAACAUUCACAUCUUAUAAAGACAGUCUCUAAACUUCCUCAUGUCUCCUGCGUGCAUAAAAAAUGUAAAUAUACACCAUAAGUGGCUGUUAGGAUAAAGAGGACAUGAACAAAACUACCCAGAACACAUUUGUUGCAGAGUCAGUAACCUCGGCCAUGAAUAAUCAUCAGCUGUUUGUUGAUCGUUUUCUUAGCAACACCAAAGAGACCCAGUGUUUCCUCAAGAUUAACUUGGGGAACGAAGAGAGUCAUGGGGGGAGAAGGAGGAGUGGUUGGAGAAGAAAGAAGCAUUAUGAGGGGAGGGAUGAAGGGGUGUGGUGAAGUAUAAAGCAUCUUUAGCAUCCAUUUCUCCAUCACUGUACCUCCUCCAGGACCAACUUGGACUCCCUCGUCUCUUCAAUUCUCUACAAGUCAGCUUCGGUGAGUAGAAAAUCCAUCCAGUGUUUGUUUUCCAUUUCUGUAUAAUGCACCACAGCUUUUCCAGGAGAAAGUUACUCAGAAUACAGCAACUUUAAUGUCAUUUUAGAGAGGUUCAUUUGUGUAAAAAAGAAAGUCAGAGUUAUCAGCUCAUGGUGCAUAAUAUUUCUGAAGAAGAAAUGACUUCCCUUCCUCCCUUGUGAAAUAAACUUUGCAGCAGCAGACAUUGCUCACCUUGCUCUGGUACAAGAUAUUUGGUCAAUUUAAACCUGGAAUCUUUUUUUAUACUGAUGCAAUGGAUAUCCGUGAAUCAGCACAAAGCUUUCAGUUUUACUUUAAACUCAAAUUUAUUAAAAUUCAAGACUUUUAAACAGGAGGUUUUCUAUGUUUCAACACUUUUUUAUUUCAUUGUGUAAGAACAAUUUGAUGUCACAGUUUCUCCAGCUCACCACACCCAAAGACAGAGUGCUAGUCAGAAUGUAACCAGAACUGACUCUCUUGGGUUCAGUGAUAAAAGAAAAAACACUUUUCAGAUUAUAAUGUUAGAGGAGCAAUUGUCACUAUAGGGACUUUAGUCAAGUCUUGACCUGCUUCUUUACCUGAUUCAACCGAGUUACCUGGAGAGAUCGAGCUGUUGCCAUAACACUGUCCUGUGUGAUCGGCUGAGACUCUGCGUUAGAGACCGGUGACAGAGGGAAAUACGAGUGGCUGAGCCCUGGUGGAAACCCAGGGUUUAUUUUUAUCCCCAGCUCAAUGGAAAACUCUGAGAAAAACACUGGUAGAAAGGAAAGCCAUGAUGUUAGAUGCUUCUUUCUGCUUAAUUGCUCUUUAUGAGUCUAUAAUAGGCAGAAUGUGCUGCAUGAACUAUUCAUUUAGCUCUUUAGUUACACUUUUGAAGUAAAUUUAUAAUAAAUCUCUAUCUGGAGAGAAUUUGUGCACCACUUAAAAAUUACCCCACCAAACACUUCAGACAUUGAAGGAUUUUUCUCCCUUUGAUGCAACAAUUUCUCCAUGAUUUGAUUUCAUUGCAUUCUUAAAAUAACUUUCCCAAAUUUGACCACAUUGCCACAUGAUCUGUUCCAGUGUGCCUCAAAGAAAGCUGGGAGUCAACCUUUAGAAACGUCUAGUGAUUGGGGGAUGUUUACAGAAAAUACAAGGCCUAUCUCACUUGAAAAUGUGCUUUCAUAGUGAGUCACUUUUUAACUAUUUUUUCCAUUCUACCUCUAUUAGAUUCAGCCGUCAUCAUGACUGAUCUCAACACAGCCAUGUGCCUCAUCAUCUCCACUUUUGAAAAGUAUGCAGGAAAAGAGGGCGACAAACACACCCUGAGCAAAUUAGAGCUGAAAGAACUGCUUCAGAAUGAGCUUGGAGAAUUGCUGGGGGUGAGUGGCGUCUGACCUCUCUCACUCUCUCUAAAGUGGCUCAAAAGUUCAUGUACAGAUCUAACUCUUUUCUUACCUGCAGAAAGCCAGCGAUAAGGCAGCAGUAGACCGCAUCUUCGACGACCUGGACUCAAACAAAGACAACAGUGUGGACUUUGCAGAGUUUGGCAAAAUGAUCUUCUGCCUCACUGUCAUGUGCCACGAGUACUUCUGCAAGAAGUAGGGAUCUGAGCGCCACCCUGAGGCCAGCUUGGAGAGCUGUCAUCCUGUGAAAGAGCUGUCGUAAGAAAAGGAGAAAAAACAUGCACUAUUUACAAGAAUUCACAAAAACAUAUAUAUGUUGUACUGACACAUGAUGAAAUAAACUGUUCUUGAUUUGUGUACUUUGUGUGUUAUUGGGAGCAACAUUUGUGCCUGCAGUUGAAGUAGCUCUUCUGUCCUCAAACUGCGGUGAAAUAAUGAUGUAUUUCAGGCCAUGAAAGGCAAGGGGUUACAGAUGUUGCUUCCACUGGAUUAAGUUCAGAGUUGGAAGUAACAAAGUACACUCACAGAAACGUUCAAUUGCAGAAUGACUGCAUAACUAUUACAGUAAUCACAUUCCCUAACAUUUGUAAUUAAAUGUUGUAUUUCUUUAUGGAAAAAAAAAGGAAAAGGGUGGGUCUUAUACAGUUGAUAGCUGAUAGCAGUAAACUUUUAUUGUAAUGUAGAUAAGCAGUCAGUAUGUGAACUUCAAAAGUAGCCAGUUUGUCCACACAGACUGAGAGACUCUGAUAACAUGAUCUCACAAAAUUUACUGGAAAGUUCUUAUUGUGCGUUUUUAUUCAGUCAUGAUAAAAAAAAAUAAUUGACAUGAAUGUUAAUGUCUCCUGGUGACUUAAAGAGAACAAACAAGACCAUAAACAAGAAGACUGAUCAUUUUAGUGUCUGAAAUCACUGAGUCAUCAAUCGACUGUUUAUCCAGCUUUUCUCCACAAAUGCCAUAUUUUGUUGAAUGAUGCAUUAAAAAGGUAAAAAAAAAUAAAGAGCAAAAUUUGGUUUUAUUUUAUUGACUGAAUUUUGGACAAACAUUACUGUGCAUUGUUUCAGCCUGUCAUUUUAGGAGCAUUACUUUAAGAAGAAUAUUGCAGUAUGGGGAAUUAGUCACAGUUGCUCUUCGCCUUUUGAUUAUUCAGCAAAAUAAUUAAAAGUUAUUUAGUAUUUGUUAUUUGAAGUAUGCAAGCCUUUAAACUCAAACAGACGGCAGUGGAAUGAUUGUUUUGAUUGUGUAUAAAACAAACUUCUGAGUUGGUCUCAAAACAGCGCCAUCACUUUGUCUUUGGAUUCAGAAAUCAGGAGUUAAGGGAUGUGUCACUUUCUUGUUUCAGUUCUCUGCUUAAAAAGAGACAAUUUUUUUUAUGAAAGAUAAACAAAAGUGUCUUUUAAACAAAGCAGCUGUCAGCCAGCAAGGGUUUCGGUCCUUAUUUAUCAAUCCAUCCCCUCUCAGUAUGAUUUUACUUCAACUGUAGCAUGAAGUAUGAUAAAAUACAAACAUUCACAUCGUAAAAAGGCAGCCUCUAUAGUUCCUCGCCUCUCCUACAUGCAUAAAAAAUGUAAACAUACACCAUUAGUGGCUGUAAGAAUAGAGAGGACAUGAAUAAAACUAGCCAGAACACAUUUGUUGCAGAGUCAGUAACCCCAGCCAUGAAUAAUCGUCAGCUGUUUGUUGAUCGUUUUCUUAGCAACACCAAAGAGACCCAGUGUUUCCUCAAGAUUAACUUGGGGAAUGAAGAGAGUCAUGGGAGGAGAAGGAGGAGUGGUUGGAGAAGAAAGAAGCAUCAUGAAGGGAGGGAUGAAAGGGUGUGGUGAAGUAUACAGCAUCUUUGGCAUCCAUUUCUCCAUCACUGUACCUCCUCCAGGACCAACUUGGACUCCCUCGUCUCUUCAAUUCUCUACAAGUCAGCUUCGGUGAGUAGAAAAUCCAUCCAGUGUUUGUUUUCCAUUUCUGUAUAAUGCACCACAGCUUUUCCAGGAUAAAGUUACUCAGAAUACAGCAACUUUAAUGUCAUUUUAGAGAGGUUCAUUUGUGUAAAAAAGAAAGUCAGAGUUAUCAGCUCAUGGUGCAUAAUAUUUCUGAAGAAGAAAUGACUUCCCUUCCUCCCUCGUAAAAUAAACCUUGCAGCAGCAGACAUUGCUCACCUUGCUCUGGUACAAGAUAUUUGGUCAAUUUAAACCCGGAAAUUUCUUUUGUCAUUGAUGCAAUGGAUAUCGACCUGGACCCGGAUUAAGCUGAAGAAAACAACGACGUAAUGGAAAUCAGUGAAUCAGCACAAAGCUUUCAGUUUUACUUUAAACUCAAAUUUAUUAAAAUUUAAGACUUUUAAACAGGAGGUUUUCUAUGUUUCAACAUUUUAUUAAUUAUAUUUUGUAAGAACAAUUUGAUGCCACAGUUUCUCCAGCUCACCACACCCAAAGACAGAGGGCUCUAUUUUCGUGCGCGCCGGUGAGGCGGCGAGCCCCGCACAGUUGUAUUUUCGUCUGGCGGAGCCCGGCGUAAGGCCAGUUUGGUAUUUUCGUGGACUGAGCCGCACGGAGGCGAGCCGAGAUCCGCCAAGCUGGGCGUGGUGGCAUGGCAGGGGGAGGUGUAGUCAGAAUCAGCAGGCGCAGUGACAUUUUCGUGCUCGCCACCGGCGUGUAAAGUGCGCUGAAAGCUCGCCGAUUCAAACCUGGUCAGCUUUCAGCGCAUGGCGGAACGCAGCUGGUCUAGUAGUAUUUUAGUAGACCGGCGGCGUAUCGACAUGACAUUUUCGUGCUCGCCACCGGCGUGUAAAGUGCGCUGAAAGCUCGCCGAUUCAAACCUGGUCAGCUUUCAGCGCAUGGCGGAACGCAGCUGGUCUAGUAGUAUUUUGGUAGACCGGCGGCGUAUCGACAUACGUCACUGAUGCCUCAUCGGCAGGUUUCCACAGUGUCAGGCAUAUUUCAGUGCAAUAAAUAAUCAUCAUCAACUAUUAAUCUGAGUCAGCACAUACAUUUAGAUCUAUAUAGAUAUAUUCUGAUCUAUAUGUGAUCUGAUGAGCGCGUUUAGCACGCGUUUGGACACACAACCUGACCGAAUCAACACAGCUGAAACCGCAUCAAACUAAAUUAAGUAUCUAGUAAAUAAACACACAUGAAGAAGUUAACAAGAUAUGUAAUUCGUCUCCCUCCUUUUAAUCUUCCUCUUCCUCUUAUUUCUCGCACAGCUCGACCUGGACACUUCUCCGUGUCCUCUGUCCGUCUUGCUGCUGCUGCGGCUGAACAGAUGAUUUGUUUCAGUGCUCAGAUGCGUUAUCUACUUUAAGCCGACAUACGGAUAUUAUAAUAUUCAGUUUUGUGGGCCAAAUUUAUUUUAUAUGCCAACAUCUAUGAAAGAAAGAGCCAGGCCACGGAGUGCGAUGCGUCAUUUACGCACAGAUGGUUCCGAUUUUAAUGCCAUUUUUGGAGUUUAUGUUGUGAUCUGUGCGCUCAACCCACCUUUGUCACGUGAGGUUUGAAUAUGAGCAACUUUAUGUGAGUGUCUUUAUUUGUGGAAAAUGGUGUUUGUCUUACUACUGGGUCCAACAUUACACACACCAAAUCCAUCUGUGCUCAUAUGAGAGAGUGUGGAGGACGCUUGUUGAGGAGCUGCCCUCUGUCGCCAUCUUGUGGCAUUACUGUCUUAAAACAUCUCUUGAUCUCUUUGACUACUUCAUGAAAAUAGCAAUACGCCUCGCCUGUGGUGGAUUUAAAGGCAAGGAGAGGAGCUUAUGUGAUUGGUGAAAACAGGUCUCAGCUGUGUUAAAUCCACUCCACGCCCUCUCUCCUCCCCGUUUACGACUUAUGCUGCUGGGAGGAGCUGACUUAGGGAGGGGGGAUACUUAGGCCGGCCUGCGCGGCUCACCAAAAUACCAAAAUGUGCUUGGGAACGCCUUGUCAGUGCGGCGGAUCUGACUGACGCUGCGCUUGCGGCACAUCUCCGGUGAGGCACGAAAAUAGAGCCCAGAGUGUGAGUCAGAAUGUAUCCAGAACUGAGCUGACUGGUUCAGCGAAAAAAGAAAAAACACCUUUUCAUUAGUCCCCACCUUUAAUCAGCUCUGUCUUAAAGCUAUGUAAACAAAGCUGAAACUACCUUCCCAGCUAUAGACCUCUACAGAAUAAACAGGCCUGUCAGAGCAGGAAAAGAGCAAUAGUGAUGAGUGGAUGAUGAUGGCUGGAUUCCAUGUAGCUGCUUAAGUCUCAGGGUCCUGGUAUUGCACAUGAUGGCUCGUUGCCACACUGUCAUGGCUUGAUGUUUCAAUCAAAUAUAACAGAUUUGUUAUGAUGUGUAUAACUAUUUCAAACAUGGUCCUGAAAUAAGUCUUCAGGGCUCUAUUUUCGUGCAUGCCAGCGGCGUGGCGGACCCCGCACAGAAGUAUUUUCGUCUGGCGCAGCCCGGCGCACAGCCAGUUUGGUAUAUUUGAAGACUGAGGCGCACAGAGGUCCACCAAGCUGGGCAUGGUGGUGCGGUAGGGGGAUGUGUCGAUAGAAUCAGCUUUCCCAGUGACAUUUUUGUGCUCCCUUACUCCCUUGUGAAAUAAACCUUGCAGCAGCAGACAUUGCCCAGACAGUGCAUUCUUAAAAUAACUUUCUCAAAUUUGACCACAUUGCCACAUGAUCUGUUCCAGUGUGCCUUAAAGAAAGCUGGGAGUCAACCUAUAGAAACUUCUAGUGAUUGGGGGAUAUUACAGAAAAUACAAGGCCGAUCUCACUUGAAAAUGUGCUUUCAUAAUGGGUCACUUUUCACCAAAUUUUCCAUUCUGCCUCUAUUAGAAUCAGCUGUCAUCAUGACUGAUCUCACCACAGCCAUGUGCCUCAUCAUCUCCACUUUUCAAAAGUAUGCAGGAAAAGAGGGCGACGAAAAAUCCCUGACCAAAUCAGAGCUGAAAGAACUGCUUCAGAAUGAGUUUGGAGAUUUGCCGGGGGUGAGUGGCCUCUGACCUCUCUCACUUUCUCUAAACUGGCUCAAAAGUUCAUGUACAGCUCUAACUCUUUUCUUACCUGCAGAAAGCCAGUGAUAAGGCAGCAGUAGACGGCAUCUUCGACGACCUGGACCAAAACAAAGACAAGCGUGUGGACUUUGAAGAGUUUGGCACCUUGAUCAUCAGCCUCACUUACCUGUGCUACGAGUUCCUCAAAAAGUAGGGAUCUGAGCGCCACCCUGAGGCCAGCUUGGAGAGCUGUCAUAAGAAAAGGAGAAAAAAACAUGCACUAUUUACAAGAGUUCACAAAAAAUAUAUAUGUUGUAAUGACACAUGAUGAAAUAAACAGUUCUUGACUUGUGUACUUUGUGUGUUAUUAGGAGCAACAUUCGUGAAUUCCGUUGAUGGCAGCUCCACAAACUCAUUAUACUCACCCCAAACUUUUGUUGUUAGUUUGUUGACACUGAGUUUAAAGCUCUUCUGUCCUCAAACUGCAGUGAAAUAAUGACGUAUUUCAGGCCAUGAAAGGCAAGGGGUUACAGAUGUUGCUUCCACUGGAUUAAGUUCAGAGUUGGAAGUAACAAAGCACACUCACAGAAACAUUUAAUUGUUCCUCAAAAAGUAGGGAUCUGAGCGCCACCCUGAGGCCAGCUUGGAGAGCUGUCAUAAGAAAAGGAGAAAAAAACAUGCACUAUUUACAAUAAUUCACAAAAAAUAUAUAUGUUGUAAUGACACAUGAUGAAAUAAACAGUUCAUGACUUGUG